AUGCUUCGCUGUCGUUUCCUCUGUUUUAUCGCCCUCCCGCAUUGUAUCUCCCACCCCCUACUUCCUUCCCCCACCUCCCGUUCCUUUCCUUCGGUCGCUGGCUCUCAUUGUGCAUUUCUCACUGCUGCCUCCCUCCUCUUCACCACCUCCCCACCCCCCCACCCCAACACCCCCACACCUAUUUCUUCCCUGUCUUGUGCAAUCACACUGACCUUUUUUCGCGUUGAACAAUUGUCCUUGUUCACCUCAUCCUUAUUCUCCUCCACUCACAUGCACACUCUCACUCUCCACAUUUCCACCACCCCCCGCCUCUCCCCACAACCCCCUCCCUCCACCCCCUCUCCUCUCCGCCCCACUUUUCCCUUCCUCUACUCAUCCUGUUCUCCUUCUCUUCCAACCGUGCUUCCCCUCCUCACUUCUCCACACAACCAACCCUCUCUCCCUUCCCUCCCCUCCUCCCCCACUCCCCCCUCCCCUCCUUCUCUUUCUUCCCAAAUCCCCAGGUACGCGAUAACCAAUGCGCUCCUGGUGGCCUUCACGAUGACCUUCUUCCCCAUCUUUGACGUGCCUGUUGUUUCCUCCUCUCUCAUCCCUCCCUUUCUCCCCCUUCCCUCCCAUCCCCCUCCUCCCUCCCUCCCCACUUCUUCUUUCAGGUACGCCAUGACCAAGGCGUUCCUUGUCGCCUUCACGAUGACCUUCUUCCCGAUCUUUGACGUGCCAGUGUUCCCUCCUUUCCUCCCACCCCCACUCUUUUCCCCUCCUCCCUCCCCCCCUCUCCACAGGUACGCAAUGACCAAGGCGUUUCUCGUUGCCUUCACGAUGACCUUCUUCCCCAUCUUUGACGUGCCGGUGUUCUGGCCCAUCCUGCUCAUGUACUGGUUCACGCUCUUCGUGCUCACCAUGAAGCGCCAGAUCCGCCACAUGAUCAAAUACAAAUACGUCCCCUUCUCCUUCGGCAAGCAGAAGUACAAGGGGGGAAAGAAACCUGCAAGCAAGGACGACGAUGCCGUACCCAUAGUCAAAACAGUCUCGCUUCCUGCCAAGUCAAAGGAUUAG